AAAGUACCACAAAGGAAGCCUUCUCUCCACUUUACUUUCAUCACACCUAUAUCCAUCAAUCAACAACCCCACCUCUCCAGCUUCAUCUUGCUCACGAUUCAGACACCAAAAAACCAUGUCAAUAGUCCCAAUUGGUAACCAAGGCGGUGCAAUCACAAAUCCCGCCUCUUUAGACACAUGGGAUCCUGAAGACUUCUUCACUUCACUGGAUCUUUGGGACCCAUUUCAAAACUUCCCAUUCCCUUCCUUGUUUUCCACUCACUUUCCUGCCUUUCCAACGCAAACCCAAGUGAACUGGAAGGAAACAUCAAGGGCCCAUGUGUUCAGAGCUGUGUUUCCUGGGUUUGGUAGAGAAGAUGUGCUUGUUUAUAUUGAUGAUGAUGAUAUGCUUCAAAUAAGUACCGAGGAUGGUAAGUUCAUGAGCAAAUUCAAGUUGCCUGAUAAUGCUAGAAGGGAUCAGAUUAAGGCUGAUAUGGUGAAUGGAGUGCUUGCUGUUACUAUUCCUAAGCAAGAAGUUGCCAGUUAUAGGCCCGAUGUUAGGGUUGUUGAGAUUGAAGGUUCUGACUGAAAAUCAAGUGUUGAUUAAGGACUAUAAUGUAAUUUACGUGAUGAGGCUGUAAUUAGAGUUUGUAGCAGUGUGGUGUGGCAUGUCACAUGGUGUACCGUGUAUCGUUCUUUUUUUUUUUUGUUCUUUUAAUUUAAUAUAGCUGUUCGGGUUAAUUUUUAUAUACCUUAACUAAUCUUACCGUUGUAAAAUUAAUAAUCAUCUAAGUAUUAUUCAGUAUCAUUUUUUU